CAUGUAUUAAUAUUACAGUAAAUUACACCACAUAGGGUUAGUCCGAAGACACGGAGCAGAGUUUCUCCGAUAUUUUUCACGGCGCUCUGCGGUCGAAUGUAGCAGACAGCGCGGUCAAGCAGAUACAGACACGGACGGGGAGCUUCCAAAGCAGAACUGCGGUACAAUAAUUGAGUGAUUCAAAGACGGUGUCCUCUGUCUGGUUCAGUUCAAUCUACCACGCGAAUCGAAAUAGCCGCCGACGGACCCUGACCAGGAAUUCAGAGAGUUAUACUCAUUAAUUACCAUCAGAGAAGCCCACAAUGUCUCUCGUCCAUCUCGCCAACGUUUGUUCACACCUGAACAAUGCCACCAGGGCUCGUCUAUCCCUAACCUCCAUCCCGAGCACGAAGCUGCAUCUCAAUCUCUGUCUCGCCCUCCAGAACGCUGGAUUGAUCUCCUCGAUCGUCCGCGCCGGUCCGGAGCCCCCCCAGUCCCAUGUCCUGCUCGGUACUCCCUUGGUGGAGGAAAUCGAGCCCGUGACGCAGGGGAAUGUUGCGUCGCGGCGCCUGUGGGUUGGACUGAAGUACUGGCAAAAUGAGUCUGUUCUGGGCAAGAUAACUCUGAUCAGUAAACCCAAGCGAAGAGUCAUCAUCGGCGUGGAGGGUCUUCGGGAUGUGAUCCGCGGUCAUCGCAGUGAAUCAGUUGCCGGGUUGCGGUCACCGGGAGAAAAUUUGUUCCUCUCGACGGACCGCGGCAUCAUGGAGGCGCGGGAAUGCGUGGAGAAGAAGAUCGGAGGACUGGUUCUCUGCCGCGUGGAAUAAGUGUACACAAGUUCUAGCGGGAAGGUGAUGUUUGUGGUAUUGGGUUUGCAUUUUGUUCGGAGUUCUGUCCGUCGCUACGUUUUUCAUGGUUGGCGACGUUGAGAUACCUAGGUCACACGGGUCUGUACAGUACCAUUGCGUUCGCUUCAUGUACUAUUUUGCGUGCCUGCUUAGCUCUUCUCUUCGCUUGUAGGCUGAGAUUUCGAGAUAUUGGAGCCUAGGUUUUUUAAAUACUCAACUCGAAGUUUCUUUACUCUACAGGUA